AAGCUCCAGGAGGCGGUGGGUGAUUGGUUAGUUGCUGUUCCAGUCCCUACGCCAGUCGUGGUUUAGCUGAGCUGAGCCGAAAUGCUAAAGGCAGCGGAGUCAACGGUGGUGUAGGUAGUGGUGCCUAGGCUGGCAACAUGUGAGUCUCGGGCUGCAGAGACGGGGCGGCAGCACUCAAGACCUGGCUGGAUCUCCACUUCAUCUGCGGGCGGGACACUGGAGGGCAGCGGUGGCCUGCAGAAAGGGGUUAGGCUCCGCUGUUCCUUCUCCCUGUCUAGGGCCGGAGCAGCGAGGAACCGAAGGAGGAGGCUUCGUGGGUUCCACGCAGGACACUCUGCUCUUCCGAGGGCCCACAAGUUGAGAGCAAGCGGCCUGGUGGCCCAGGCAAAAAAGGGUACUCGGCAUCCUUCCCCGGGAGCCGGGUGUGCCUGCACGCCGCACACGCCCACCUGGGCCACCGCGCUCAUUCGUGCCCUUGACGUCUUGCCGACGUUUCUCCUUAAUGGACUUUUGGCGCUUGGGGCCGGGAGAGUGAACGUGCCAAGAAUGGCCCUGUAGUCGGAGGCAUCUUACUCCAGAUGGUCUCCGGCGGCGCAGGGGUGUCAGGCCGCGGGCACCUGGGGCACAUUAGUGGCAUGAAGAGGAAAGAGAAAGGAGAAAGUGGUCAAGGAGGUUUCCACAUGGAGACGGUUGAAUAUGAAAGCAUCAGCUUCACAGUCUGGGACGUUGGCAGCCAUUGCAAAUUCAGACCUCUGUGGCGGCACUGUUUCCAGGACACAACAGGGGAGCCAGAAUCUGGAGACACCCAGGUCCUGAAGAUGGAUCCUGCCCAGCCCCCACAGAAGACUGCCAUUGCCCUCAGCCGGCAGGAAGAGCCGUGUGAUUCAGCAGGAGGGAGAUCAUCCUUCCCGAGACAAGACGGGGGCAGCAGAGGUGAGAGUCUGGCUGGGAGGGAAUGGGGCUGCUGGCUGACAGCUUGGUUGUCACAUCCAAAACCUCAUCCAUGGACAGUGCCCCUCUGCCCUGCCAAUGACAGGGCCAUCACUCACAGGUCUCCACUGGAUUGUGCUGAACCAGGCACUGCUGCUUUUGCCCAGGCAGGGUGAUAGAUGUUGUGAGGGCUUGGGAAGCUUUGGGGGGAAACUUAGGCUAUCUGCCCACUCCUCAAUCAUGCCACACAUCCCCAGAGUCACACGGAAAUGUUCUUACACACCUCUGUGCCUUGGUGCAGUUUCUCCCUCUGCCUAGCCUGCCCUCCCCUGGAUCAGGCCUUCUCCAUCUGAGUGUCCCACAUGUCCCCAAGUCUCAGUCCCCAAGAAGCUCUGGGAGCCUGCAGUGCUCCGGAAUUCUGGGUGUCUCUAUCUCCCUGAGUGGCCCUGAUGUCCUGGACAUGUUUUACUGUCACACUGGCUGGUCAUUCUUUGUUUAGGUGUCUUUUCUCCUUACCCCAGACCUUGAGAUCUUGAGGCCAAGAACAGCCAAGUCUCAACUUUCUUUGCAGGGCUGAGCAGAGAGUUGGCACUCUGCAAACACGUGCUGAGGAAUGGAUUGUCAUUACUGACAUCACCAUUCACCUCUGCACAAGUUGUGACAUGGAACAGCCUCCCACCCCUGCUGGAAGCCUGGCCUAGAGUGACCGACCUGCUUUAGUGAGGGGUUGGGGUUUGGAAGGCCCACUGGAUAGAAGGAUCUAGAAUGAGGAGGUCUUUUCCUGUUGAGGACCAAAGAUCUCAACUCUUUUUUCCUAAUAAAGUAGGAGAGACAAGUUUGGAAUUGUCUCUAAAUAUACAGGAUGGGUUUGAGCUUAGAGGUAGCAGAGCCUCUUAUUCCCAACUGAAGACAGUCAAAAAACCUGAACUGCCCUGGCAGAGACAGGGCUUCCCAGGCAGAAAGCAGCAAGAUGCCUCAAAGGCCACAGAGUGGGAGGGCGGGGGGAAUAAGCAAUUUAAUUUCGAUUUUUUAAUGCAGAAAUGAAGUAUUCCGCUUGUUUGCUUUUAAAAUGGAGAACAGAGAACAUGAAAUGAUUUUUAAAAUGAAGGAGGUAAUUAGAAAGAAUUCCUUAAGUUCUAUGUGAUGGCCGGUAAAGGAAGAGAGAGCGCAGAAACGGUAGAACAGGAAGGAAGGAGAGUAGGACACAGAGGUGAUGAUGCAAAAAGAGAGAGAAAGAGAGAGGAGGAGAGAUGAGCAUAGAACCCCCAUCCCUAGGCACACAAACAUUUUGAUCUUAAGAAAAACUUGCUUUGUAAAAUUAAUGUUUGUCUUUUGUUGCUUUUACAUUGUAAGAGAGCAAUUUUGAAUAUAUUUCUCUAUUGUUUUCUGACUUUUAGAAUAAGAAGUUGCUAAUGAGAAGUCAAUGCCAUUCUUGGUCUUGAUCUUUUUUUUAGAAUCUUUUCCCUCUCUGGAUAAUUUUAAGUUUUGUUUUGUUUUGUUUUGUUUUGUUUUAGAUGGAGUCUUACUCUGUCACCCAGACUGGAGUCCAGUGGUGUGAUCUCAGCUCACUGCAACUUCUGCCUCUCAGGUUCAAGCAAUUUGUGUGCCUCAGCCUCCUGAGUAGCUGGGAUUAUAGGCACAUGCCACCACACCCAGCUAAUUUUUGUAUUUUUAGCAGAGACGAGGUUUCACCAUGUUAGACAGGCUGGUCUUGAACUCCUGAUCUCAAGUGAUCUGCCUGCAUUGGCAUCCCAAACCGCUGGGAUUACAGGCAUGAGCCGCCAAGCCUAGUUUAAAUUUUAAGAGUUUAUCUUCCUAUACAUAAUUAUGAAAUUACCAUGGGCCUUUUUUUCCUUCAUUGUGAAUGGGUGUACAAUGGGCUUGUAAACUCUGCAGACGCAGGUCAUUCAGUCCUGGGAAAUAAUUUUGUAUUAUUUCUUUGGUAAUGGACUCGCCCCCGUUUCCUCUUCUCCUUAUUUCUUUUGCUGGACCUCCUAGGUAGAUCUUCUGCUUUGCUAUUUUCUCUCUGUUUUUCCAUACCUUUAUUUUUUUUCCCACUGCUAGAAAGAUUUCCUUGACCUUAUCUUCCAAAUCCUCUGUUGACUAUUUUUAUUUAUGUGAUCAAUUUUCAGUAGUUUGCACUAUUUUUCUGAUUAUUCUGUUUUUUUUUUUUUUUAGAAAAGAGUUUUAUUGGAGAUACAGUUUAUAUACUCAAAUUCACUCAUUUUAAGUGUCCAAUUGGUUUUUAGUAAAUCAGUAAAUUUAAUUGAUUUUUAUUAAAUUUUAACUAAAUUAUUUUUAGUAAAUUUACAGAGGUCUGUAACUAUCACCACAAUCCAGUUUGGAUUGUUUCUUUGUGUUUAGUUUUUUGUUCUGAUAUCAUGGGUGAAAUGUCUCCUCUGCUCUUGUUUUGCAUGUGUGCAUGUGUGAAACAGAAUCUUGCUCUGUUGCCCAGCCUGGAGUGCAGUGGUGCAGUCUUGGCUCACUGUAACCUCUGCCUCCUGGGUUCAAAUGAUUCUCCUGCCUCAGUCUCCCAAGUAGUGAGAUUACAGGCAUCCACCACCAUGCCUGGCUAAUUUUUGUAUUUUUAGUAGAGAUAGGGUUUCACAUGUUGGCUAUGCUGGUCUUGAACUCCUGACCCAAGUGAUCUGCCCUCCUCAGCCUCCCAAAGUGUGGAGAUUACAGGCAUUAGCCACUUUGAUGAGUCUCCUAUUAUCUUUUUAAAAAUAUGAAUUCGGCCAGGCGUGGCAGCUUACACCUGUAAUCUUAGCAUUUUGGGAGGCCAAGGCAGGUGGAUCACUGGAGGUCAGGAGUUAGAGACCAGCCUGGUCAACAUGAAAGACCUUGUCUCUACUAAAAAUAGAAAAAUUGGCCAGGUGUGGUGGCGUGCUCCUGUAAUUCCAGCUACUUGGGAGGCUGAGGCAUGAGAAUCACUUGAACCUGAGAGGCAGAGGUUAUAGUGAGCCGAGAUCACGCCACUGCGCUCCAGCCUGGGCAAUAGAGUGAGACUCUGUCUCAAAAACAAAACAAAAGUAAAAUAAAAUAAAAUAAA